AUGAAUUAUAUGCAAAAGUUGUUUCUCACAGCAAAACGCGUGGCGAUUGGCGGCGCAGAGGUCGAUGUCGAUGCACCGCCCUUUGUGGGUCUCUCCGACUGCAGCGCAUGUCCGAACCCCUGUGACGACUUUGACCACCCACACUACCCUUCCUACCUCAAGAUCAACCAGACCAUGCCACUCCUCCAUUCAGUCAAGCCCUACGAACGACACGUCCUCAUCUCGACCGGCAAGGAGGAUUGGGAGGGCCACAUCGACAGCGACAAGUCCUCUCUGGCCUUCUAUCUCCAGAACGCCAUUGACAAGGGCCAGCAGCGUCUCCGGGAUUCUGACAAUGGUCAAUCGGUUUACAGGAUCGUCUUGACCAAUUCUUCAAGGAUGGCGGAUACUUGGGAUGGACCCGGUUGGCAGGUGGUUGUGCUGCCCGAUCAGAUUGUCGUCAACAAUGUUACCCCCGAGCAAUGCGACGACUUUUUCGAGGCCUUUCUAGAGCCGCCAUUCGAGGGGGCAUGGGGCCAGAGCGCCACUGGAGAUGUCUUAUCACAGGGUCAGGAAAUCACAACCGCAUCACAAGAUGGCACCGGCAACAACACCAACAUUUCUCCGAGUGCUUCGACAGGUGUUGACCAUAGCAACCUUCCUCUAAGCAGAGAGGUCAAGGCGGGCAAGACGACCUUCACAGCCCACCGGUGGCAAGCCAAGGCAGCCAUCAUGAUCUGCUCGCACAAGAAGCGCGACAAGCGCUGUGGCGUCACGGCGGCGAUCCUGAAAAAGGAGUUUAAGCGCAUCCUGCGCUCCAAGGACCUGUUGGGUAAUGCCGAGGGCGAUGUCGAGAUCUGGCUGGUGAGCCAUAUUGGAGGCCACAAGUUUGCUGGCAACGUGAUUGUGCACCGAGGAGGAGUCUCUGUCUGGUACGGUCGAGUGGAGCCAUGUCACUCGCAGGCAAUUGUUGACACGACGAUUGAGCGCGGCGAGAUCAUUCGCGAACUCUACCGUGGCGGUGCUAAUGGCCACCUCAACGCCUAUGGCCAAGUCUCCUGGUAG